AGAAGAGCCUCGUUUGACAAGUUUUUCUCUGUUAUAGGAGGCCACGGAUGGUAGUACAUAAUGAGGCACUUUGUCCGUUGUUUAAACUUGACACUUCCCCCAUACCAUUACCCUUUGGGGAUAGUUAGGCGACGCAGCCAAUCAUGACUCUGCCCAACCCGCAUAGUGACUCGCGACAUCAAAUCAGGGAUUAUGUGUGGUUCUGCUCAACAGAGUCCGGGCAACUUAAAAGGGCCGGAUUGUCUCAAAAGGUUGACACAGAUGCCCAAAUUUACCCAAUAUCCUUUUGAAACACCUUGCAAGUCGCAAACAUGGUUCGAAUUGACGAGUUCGCCGUUGAACGAUGGAUGGACGAUUAUGAACAAAGCGCCAAGUACAAUCUCGCUGAGACGUGCUGCGCCUCGAUAUCCUUGGACGACCUCAUCAAGCUAUCUGGUAGUUCUGUCACGUUGACAGACAUCAUCAGUCCUUCCAGAAAAUUGAUAUAUGGCGACAUCCCUGGAUCAGAAGGCCUGCGAUCCCGAAUCGGUGACCUCUAUGCUUCGGGUUCCUGCGAGCCGCUCUCUCCUCAGGACGUUCUCGUGGCGAAUGGUGCCAUCCAAGCCAAUUUUCUAGCUUUAUACACCUGUGUCGGACCUGGCGAUCACGUCAUCUGCCAUUAUCCUACAUACCAGCAGCUCUACACAGUCCCUACAUCCCUUGGCGCUGAGGUCAGUCUGUGGAAAGCAAAGGAGGAGAGCGACUGGCGGAUGGAUCUCGACGAGCUGCGCGGAAUGAUCAAGGCCAAUACCAAACUCAUCAUCAUCAACAACCCUCAAAAUCCAACAGGCGCCGUGCAAUCUCGAGCCGUGUUGCAAGGUGUUGUCGACAUUGCCCAAGAGCAUGAUAUCACAAUUCUCAGCGACGAGGUGUACAGACCCUUGUUUCACUCACUAGACGCAGAUGAGCAGGAAAACCCACCGUCUAUCUUGUCGUUAGGAUACGAAAAAACAAUAGCCACUGGCUCCAUGUCCAAGGCCUUCAGUCUGGCCGGUAUUCGAUUGGGUUGGAUUGCCACUCGAAGCUCUGAGAUCAUGCGAGCUUGCUACUCGUGCCGCGACUAUACUACCAUCUCCGUCAGUCAACUGGACGAUCAGGUCGCCACGUUUGCUCUCACAAAGCCUACACUGACAGCACUGCUUCAACGCAACGUUGAACUGGCCAGAAAGAAUCUCCAAGUCCUGAGAGCCUUCCUCGAAGAAUACAGCUGGGCAUUUCGAUGGGUCGCUCCAAAGGCAGGGACGACACUGCUGGUCAAAAUGCUUGAUCGGCAAGGCAAGGUUAUUGACGAUGUUGAGUUUUGUAAGCGCUUGCAAGGAGAGACCGGGGUCAUGUUUGUGCCGGCGAGUCGAUGCUUCGGCGGCGGCGUUGACUUUCGAGGAUAUAUCCGUAUAGGUUAUGUCUCGGAACAUGAAGUGUUGGUUGAUGGCCUCCAAGCCCUGGAGCGUUUCAUGUUGGACGGGUACGGAAAGCUUCCACUAGUAUCUGCUUAGAACAAAACUAUAUCGAAGUGAUUGUGAGCGAUAAAAUCGUUCCAGUGCAAGCUACUUCCCGAGUCCCAGUAUGCUACCAUGAC